AUGCAGAUAAUUUUUAGAAGGCAAAUACAAGUACAUGAUAUUGAUCAUGGUUAUGAAAGUGAAGAGCUGCUUAGUAAUGACUCUGAGAAAGAUGAUUAUAGAAGGAAAUAUUCCAGUUUUAAUGCUGAUGAAUUGAAUAAGGAUCAUAAAUUGAAGUUAGGUUUGGAGUUUGGUUCCAUCAAGGAGUUUAAGGACGCAAUUCGAAAGUACAAUGUGCUGAAUGGAAAGGAAAUCAGAUUUGAUUUGAAUGACAAGACAAAGGUAAGGGCAAGAUGUAGGCAUUGUGCUGAAUACUCUGUGUAUGUUAGUAAAGUCAGCAAUUCAGAGACUUAUAAGCUGAACACUCUGUUUAACAAACACAUAUGUGGAAGGGUCUUCCACAAUAAGAGUGCAAAGUUAGCUUGGGUUGCCAAGAUUUUGAUUAACAAGAUGAAGGCUGGGACCACUGAUAUUACAUUAAAGGAUAUUGUUGGAGAAAUUAUAUCCAACUAUUCCACUGGGAUAACACUGUCAAGAGCAUUCAGGGCUAAACAUAUAGCUAAAAGUGUGAUUGAUGGUAACAUUGACAAACAGUAUGGACUACUGUGGAGAUAUGCAGCUGAACUUAAACAAAGAAGUGUAGGCAAUACUUGUGUGAUUAGGGUUUUUAGAUCUUCUUUGGAGAUUUUGCCAAGGUUUAGGAGUUUCUACAUGUGCCUUAAAGGUCCAAAAUUAGCCUUUAAGAAGGCAUGUCGACCAUUAAUAGGGGUGGAUGAUUGUCACUUAAAAAACAAAUUUGGUGGCCAGCUUUUGAUUUUUGUUAGGAGAGACCCAAAUGCUCAACACCUUCCUUUGGCUUUUGGAGACUGA